GGCCAGUGGGUGAAAGAGGGAGAAAUCCAAACGCCCGAAAAAUCUAGCCAUGGUUCUCCUCGCCGCCGCCGCCGUCGGGCCACACAAAACCCUAAACCCUACCCUGAGCCCGCCGAGCUCCGGCGGCCGCCGCCCCCGCCUCCGCUUCCCGCUGCCCCUUCCGCGGGGCGGCCACCUCCGCUGCUCCGCGGGGUACCGCGAGGCGGCGGCGGCAGCGGCGUCGACGUCGUCGACGACGACGACGCCGCGGCCGACGGAGAUCCCGUGGAGCAGGGAGCUCUGCAACUCCGUUCGGCUCAUCGGGACGGUGGGCACCGAGGUGGAGCUGCGGCAGCUGCCCAGCGGCGGCUCCGUCGCGCGGGGGCGCCUCGCCAUCUGGAAGUCGGCCACCGAGACCACAUGGGUGACUCUAGCAUUUUGGGAUGACCUAGCGGUUGUGGCUUCUGAGCAUGUGAAGAAGGGUGACCGAAUAUUUGUUUCUGGACGCCUUGUGUCGGACACUGUUGAUGAGGGCCCUGAGAAACGACAGGUUUAUUAUAAGGUUGUGGUUCAACAGUUCAAUUUCAUUGAGUCCUUUCAGCAAGUGCAGUUAUAUGAGCCAGAGGCAGGCCUGGAUACCUUAGGUGGAAAGCAUGGAGAUUAUGUUGGUUCUACCUCUGGCUCGAGUGAGGGUAAAAGUAGGGACCAUGUUGACUCAUCCUCCCGUUCAACUGAACAGUUGUGGCAAGCCUUCUUUGCUAAUCCUUUUGACUGGUGGGAUAACAGGACAAAUAAGAAGAACCCGAGGUAUCCAGACUUCAAGCACAAACACACCGGUGAAGCAUUGUGGGUUGAUGGGAGGAACAAUCCAAAUUGGGUUAUCUCCCAGUUGGCAAUUCUGGACUCGAGAAUGGGUUCUCUUCAAGGCAAUGAUAGGAAACCAGUUGCCUUUAUGUAUGCUGAUGACUUCAUGACACCUGACACCGACACUGAAGCCCAUAUGUGAAAGGAAACCUCCCAUUCACCGAUUUAUCAUAGCACUAUGUAUUAGAUAGAAAAUGUACUACUGCGAUAGUGCACCUGCGCUCCUUCAAUUUUGUUGUACAUAGGUAGAAUCGUGAAGUUUACCAUAGAGGCGUGCGGCCAUCUGUUGUAGUCAGUAGUAAUGACAAAUGCAGAUGUAGUAAAGAAUCGGAUGGCCUUCCCUUAAAUUUGCCUGAGAAACGGUGUACAUCACUUGGUGUGUUUGCAUCAGCUGAGCCUCAACUGACAAGUGACUUAAUUACAUUGGCAUGCUCAUUGGCUUAGAUGGUGCAACAAUGCAAUCAUCAUCAUAUCUGCCAUGAGUUGUGACCUGUAAAAAACUAUGAGCUCUCUUUUGUUUCA